GGAGGUGAAGACGCUCCACCAGGAAGUUGGCCCUGGCAGGUUAGUCUGCAGAAAUUUGGCGGCCAUGUUUGUGGUGGAUCCCUCAUCAACAGAGAGUGGGUGAUGUCUGCUGCUCACUGCUUCUCCAGUACAAGUACGUCUAGAUGGCAGGUUUCUCUCGGUCGUCAGAACCUGCAGGGCAAAAACCCAAACGAAGAGUCCAGAGCCGUUGCCAAAAUCAUUUUGCAUCCAAACUAUGACAGUUCCACCAGCGACAACGACAUUGCUCUGCUCAGACUCUCCUCACCAGUCAAAUUCACAGACUACAUCAGACCUGUGUGUCUGGCAGCCAGUGACAGUGUGUUCAACAACGGUACUGAUAGCUGGGUCACUGGCUGGGGCGCAGUCCAGGAGGGAGGUGAGUCUGCUUUGUCAUUACCGUUCCCUGAAACCCUUCAAGAAGUGGAGGUGCCAGUUCUGGGAAACAGACAUUGUAACUGUCUCAAUGGAGUCGGUACAGUCACAGACAACAUGAUCUGUGCUGGUGUUCUGGCAGGAGGCAAAGACUCAUGUCAGGGUGACUCAGGAGGUCCAAUGGUAAACCAGCAGGGCUCCGUCUGGGUCCAGUCUGGAAUCGUUAGUUUUGGUUUUGGCUGUGCUCGGCCCAAUCUGCCGGGAGUCUACUCCAGAGUGUCCAGUUACCAGUCCUGGAUCAACUCCCACAUCGGCUCUGAUAAGCCAGGCUUUGUCCAGUUCACCUCCAGUGGGCUGGAUGCUGACAGCAGCUACACCUGUCCUGGUCUGCCACCUCCUGUUAUUACUACUACUACUACUACUACUACUACUACUGGUACUACUACUACUGCAGGACCAGACACAACUACAGAUCCAGGAUCCACAGCAUCAAGUGCUAAAUUGUGUGGCGUCACUCCCCUGAACACCAGGAUAGUUGGAGGUGAAGACGCUCCACCAGGAAGUUGGCCCUGGCAGGUUAGUCUGCAGAAAUUUGGCGGCCAUGUUUGUGGUGGAUCCCUCAUCAACAGAGAGUGGGUGAUGUCUGCUGCUCACUGCUUCUCCAGUACAAGUACGUCUAGAUGGCAGGUUUCUCUCGGUCGUCAGAACCUGCAGGGCAAAAACCCAAACGAAGAGUCCAGAGCCAUUGCCAAAAUCAUUUUGCAUCCAAACUAUGACAGUUCCACCAGCGACAACGACAUUGCUAUGCUCAGACUCUCCUCACCAGUCAAAUUCACAGACUACAUCAGACCUGUGUGUCUGGCAGCCAGUGACAGUGUGUUCAACAACGGUACUGAUAGCUGGGUCACUGGCUGGGGUGCAGUCAAGGAGGGAGUGUCAUUACCGUUCCCUGAAACCCUUCAAGAAGUGGAGGUGCCAGUUCUGGGAAACAGACAUUGUAACUGUCUCAAUGGAGUCGGUACAGUCACAGACAACAUGAUCUGUGCUGGUGUUCUGGCAGGAGGCAAAGACUCAUGUCAGGGUGACUCAGGAGGUCCAAUGGUGAACCAGCAGGGCUCCGUCUGGGUCCAGUCUGGAAUUGUUAGUUUUGGUUUUGGCUGUGCUCGACCCAAUCUGCCGGGAGUCUACUCCAGAGUGUCCAGUUACCAGUCCUGGAUCAAUUCCCACAUCAGUUCUGAUAAGCCAGGCUUUGUCCAGUUCACCUCCAGUGGGCUGGAUGCUGACAGCAGCUAUACCUGUCCUGGUCUGCCACCUCCUGUUAUUACUACUACUACUACUACUGGUACUGCAGGACCAGACACAACUACAGAUCCAGGAUCCACAGCAUCAAGUGCUAAAUUGUGUGGCGUCACGCCCCUGAACACCAGGAUAGUUGGAGGUGAAGACGCUCCACCAGGAAGUUGGCCCUGGCAGGUUAGUCUGCAGAGAUUUGGCGGCCAUGUUUGUGGUGGAUCCCUCAUCAACAGCGAGUGGGUGAUGUCUGCUGCUCACUGCUUCUCCAGUACAAGUACGUCUAGAUGGCAGGUUUCUCUCGGUCGUCAGAACCUGCAGGGCAAAAACCCAAACGAAGAGUCCAGAGCCAUUGCCAAAAUCAUUUUGCAUCCAAAAUAUGACAGUUCCACCAGCGACAACGACAUUGCUAUGCUCAGACUCUCCUCACCAGUCAAAUUUACAGACUACAUCAGACCUGUGUGUCUGGCAGCCAGUGACAGUGUGUUCAACAACGGUACUGAUAGCUGGGUCACUGGCUGGGGCGCAGUCAAGGAGGGAGUGUCAUUACCGUUCCCUGAAACCCUUCAAGAAGUGGAGGUGCCAGUUCUGGGAAACAGACAUUGUAACUGUCUCAAUGGAGUCGGUACAGUCACAGACAACAUGAUCUGUGCUGGUGUUCUGGCAGGAGGCAAAGACUCAUGUCAGGGUGACUCAGGAGGUCCAAUGGUGAACCAGCAGGGCUCCGUCUGGGUCCAGUCUGGUAUCGUUAGUUUUGGUUUUGGCUGUGCUCGGCCCAAUCUGCCGGGAGUCUACUCCAGAGUGUCCAGUUACCAGUCCUGGAUCAACUCCCACAUCAGCUCUGAUAAGCCAGGCUUUGUCCAGUUCACCUCCAGUGGGCUGGAUGCUGACAGCAGCUACACCUGUCCUGGUCUGCCACCUCCUGUUAUUACUACUACUACUGCUAUGUGUGGCGUCACGCCCCUGAACACCAGGAUAGUUGGAGGUGAAGACGCUCCACCAGGAAGUUGGCCCUGGCAGGUUAGUCUGCAGAAAUUUGGCGGCCAUGUUUGUGGUGGAUCCCUCAUCAACAGAGAGUGGGUGAUGUCUGCUGCUCACUGCUUCUCCAGUACAAGUACGUCUAGAUGGCAGGUUUCUCUCGGUCGUCAGAACCUGCAGGGCAAAAACCCAAACGAAGAGUCCAGAGCCGUUGCCCAAAUCAUUUUGCAUCCAAACUACGACAGUUCCACCAGCGACAACGACAUUGCUCUGCUCAGACUCUCCUCACCAGUCAAAUUUACAGACUACAUCAGACCUGUGUGUCUGGCAGCCAGUGACAGUGUGUUCAACAACGGUACUGAUAGCUGGGUCACUGGCUGGGGCGCAGUCAAGGAGGGAGUGUCAUUACCGUUCCCUGAAACCCUUCAAGAAGUGGAGGUGCCAGUUCUGGGAAACAGACAUUGUAACUGUCUCAAUGGAGUCGGUACAGUCACAGACAACAUGAUCUGUGCUGGUGUUCUGGCAGGAGGCAAAGACUCAUGUCAGGGUGACUCAGGAGGUCCAAUGGUGAACCAGCAGGGCUCCGUCUGGGUCCAGUCUGGAAUCGUUAGUUUUGGUUUUGGCUGUGCUCGACCCAAUCUGCCGGGAGUCUACUCCAGAGUGUCCAGUUACCAGUCCUGGAUCAACUCCCACAUCAGCUCUGAUAAGCCAGGCUUUGUCCAGUUCACCUCCAGUGGGCUGGAUGCUGACAGCAGCUACACCUGUCCUGGUCUGCCAGUUGCCCCUACACUCUCGCCAACGAAAAAACCUAGUAUUACUACCCAAAUUGUAACCAACCCUGCAAGAUCAGUGUGUGGCAAAGCUCCGUUGAACAGCCGUGCUGUAGGUGACAGCGGUGUUGUACCUGGAGGGAUGUGGCCUUGGAUGGUUAGUCUCCACAAAAAUGGGGUCUAUACUUGUGGAGGAACCCUGAUCGCUGACAAAUUUGUCCUCACUGCUGCCCAGUGUUUCUCUUCCUCCAAUCCAGAUGUCAGUGAGUGGAGUGUGUUUCUGGGCCAGCGAAUUGUGGACGGCUCUGAAGAGUUCGAGAUGUCUCUUGGCAUUGUGGACAUUAAAGUGAGCAAAAUGACAGGUUCCAAUAUCGCACUGCUGCAGCUGAGUAAGCCGGUCACCUACAGAGAUUAUAUUCAGCCUGUGUGUAUGGACAUCAGCAGCGCCCAAACCUUCCUCGCUGGAAGUCUAUGCUGGGUGGCAGGCUGGGAGAAGGGCAGCAAGAGCCGAGCCGACUCAAGUCUUCGAGAUCUUGAAACUCAAGUGGCAAGUUGUGGAAAUGUUUCGGAUUCUGAGAACAUUUGCACUUACACCAUGGACCUUCAACAGGGGGAUCAGGGCGGCCCUCUAAUGUGCAAGUCAGACUCCUCUUGGUUCCAGGUGGCCGUUGUAACAGUGAGCGGAAGCAAAUCAGUCCGCGCUGAUGUUCAGGGUGUUAGGUCUACUGUCUCCGCGGGGCGUUGA